CGACAACAACUGCCCCGCUGGCGAGCUGACCCGUGGUAGCUACAUUGACCUCGAAAUCUAUCACCAACUCCUCUCCUCCCAGACAACGAAGAAAGCGACUCGUCAUAUAAACUGUCCUCUUCUUCGAAAUCACACCAUAUCAAAGCACUGCGUCCCGACACCUAGUCUCGUUACGCUACCAACCGGCACACCACAAACAUACUCGAGCGAGAUGGAUCCGCGCAGCGCCCUCUUCGGCUCAGGACCCCGCGGCGGCGGCAGCGGUAGCGGUCUCCCCGGCCGCAACGUCCAACAACAACGACCCCCUCAGGCGGGAUACCCUCCACAGCAGCAGGGAGGAUAUGGCUCUCCGCAGCAAGCCGGAUAUGGCCAGGCGCCACCACCUCGCCAGCAGCCAGGAGGAUACGGCCAAGCGCCCCCUCCUCGACAGCAGGCCGGAGGGUACGGCCAGACCGGCUCUGGCCGUAUUCCGCUCAGGUUGGCGAAGGUCGAGGACAAGACCCUCCAGUCGCAAUACAUCUUUGGCAAUCUCUGCGCCGUCUCCCCCCGAGACUUCCCACCCAACCGCGAAAACACCGAUGUCUACAUCCGCCUCACCGGCCCCCAGAUGAAAGGCGGAGGCGACUUUGUCGUCACAGCGCGCCCCGUCCCCGGCUUCCCCGAUGGCUGCAUCAGCUUGUCCGACCCUCAAAGAACAUGGUGCGGCGUUGGUCUGAUGGACUCGCUCGAGGGCGAAGUCUACGACCCCUUUGCGAGGAGCGCGCAGACCUAUCUCGGCUCUAUAGACGUCGAAAUUGGGUUUGCGUCGCUGAGAAAGGUCGUCGACGCACCAUACGAUCAAGACGAGCUCGCCGAGCAGUUUAUCGCCCAGUUUCAAAACCAGCUCUUCGCGCCAGGCCAGAAGCUGCUGAUGGACGUCAAGAAUGUGCCCCUGGCUAUCACGGUCAAGACGGUCACCUUGACGGACUUGAGCAUGCAAUCGCAAAAUGGCGAGGAGCCGCCCACGUUGUCAGACCCGCGCGCCAGGGGUAUCCUGCACAAGCAUACCAGCAUUGGGUUCUACAAGGAUGCGAGCUCGCCUCUGAAGCUCAAGGCGUCCAACAAGAGGCCUGCUGCUAAUGCUAUUAUCAGCCCUGACUUCAAGUUUGAGGAUAUGGGUAUCGGCGGUUUGGAUGCCGAGUUCUCGACCAUUUUCAGAAGAGCUUUUGCUUCGCGCAUUUUCCCACCGGGCUUGAUCGAGAAGCUGGGGAUUAUGCACGUCAAGGGUAUGCUUCUUUACGGUCCUCCGGGUACAGGCAAGACGCUUAUUGCCAGGCAAAUUGGCAAGAUGCUUAAUGCCAGGGAACCAAAGAUCAUCAACGGUCCCGAAGUGCUGAAUAAGUACGUUGGCCAGAGUGAGGAAAACAUUCGCAAGAUGUUUGCCGAUGCCGAAAAGGAAUACAAGGAAAAGGGAGACGAGUCUGGGCUUCAUAUCAUCAUCUUUGACGAGUUGGACGCUGUCUGCAAGCAGAGAGGGUCUGGUGCCGGUGGCGGCACUGGUGUUGGUGACAGUGUUGUCAACCAGCUGCUUUCCAAGCUCGACGGUGUGGACCAGCUUAACAAUAUCCUGUUGAUCGGAAUGACCAACAGGAAGGACAUGAUUGAUGACGCGUUGCUGCGGCCUGGUCGUUUGGAGGUGCAGAUUGAGAUUUCCCUGCCGGAUGAGUUUGGCCGGUCGCAGAUUCUCAAGAUCCACACGAGCAAGAUGAAGGAGAAUAAUGUCAUGGGGAGUGAUGUUGAUAUUCUGGAGCUGGCGGCAAGGACGAAGAACUUUUCGGGUGCUGAGCUGAGCGGUUUGGUCAAGUCUGCGACGUCGUUUGCUUUUGCGAGGAACAUCAAGGCCGGCACUACGGCUAGUGUCAGUGAGGAUGUGGUGAACAUGAAGGUUGGCAUGCAGGAUUUCUUGCACGCGCUGGACGAGGUCAAGCCCGCGUUUGGUACUGAUGAUUCGGAGCUGGAGGACGUGUUGCCGUUUGGGAUCAUUGAGUACUCGAGGGGGAUUAGCCAUAUUCUCAAGGACGGCAUGCUCUAUGUCAAGACUGUGAAAGAGCAGCCGAACCUGAGGGUGAUGAGUGUUUUGCUUCAUGGGCCGAGGUCGAGCGGCAAGACAGCGCUCGCGGCGAAGAUUGCACAGCUGUCGGAUUUCCCUUUUAUCAAGCUUAUCACCCCGGCGUCGCUGGUAGGUUAUAGGGAUGAGCUGGCGAAGAAGGAUUAUUUGCAUAAGUUGUUUACGGAUGCUUACAAGUCCCCGUUGAGUUUACUCGUUAUUGACAAUAUUGAGCGUCUCAUCGACUGGGUCCCCGUCGGCGCGCGCUUCUCUGGCUCCAUCCUCAACACGCUCGUCACGCUUCUUCAAACCCCACCACCCAAGGGGCACAGGCUGCUCAUCCUCGCCACCACGUCGCAGAGAUCGGUGCUGGAGCAGCUCGACGUCACGACGGCGUUUGACAACCAGAUUCCCGUGCCGGCGAUCUCGGACCUGGGCGAGCUGGAGGCGGUGCUGGGGCAGGUGGGGGCGUUCGAUGGGAGGCACGGGCGGAUCGUGCAGGAGAUUGAGCGGGCGACGGGGAGCAGGGAGGUGAAUGUGGGGAUCAAGACGGUGUUGACAAGCUUGGAGACGGCGAAGCUGAGCGAGAGCCCGGAGGAGUGGUUUGUGGAGCAGAUUUCGGGACAGAUUGCUAGGUAUCCUGGGGUUUGAGGGUUAGAAGGAUAGAGAAGUUAUAUAGAGGUUUUUUGUCUCUGAUGCAAAUAGGGUGAGUUUAGAAAUCUA